GAAGGUGUGGUGUCUAGCUAUCAAGAGAAUGCAAAGUACGCUGAUUGCGAAUUGCACCCACGUUUAAUGGUGAUUCUAGAGUGGAAAAUGGGGAAUUCAGAAAGCCAGUACAGCUUUCAUGGAUCAAAACAUCACACUAAGGCUGCAUCUGGUGCCAAGCAGAAGCCUUGUUCUCUGAAAAUUCACAGCAUUCAUGCUAAGGAUGAAAAGUCUUGCUCCUUGCAUGGAUGGGGACAUAACAGUAAUGGCACUAGCUACAAAUCGAGAUCACUAGCCAGAAGCUGCCUCUCUCACUUCAAGAGUAACCAGCCUUAUUCACCUAGGCUCAGUGAUACAGUGGCAAAGGCCUCUAAAAGCAGUGUCCAUGCCAAACACAGGACAAAUGCCUCAGGGAACUACUGCCAGGGAAGCAAUGCAGCAUUUUUUCCUGAGAAUGGUUUCCACUAUAUUGGCCUUGAAGCUGCAAGUAAUCAUGUUGCCUCCAGGGAAUGCAGUGGACAUAUUUUAAAUUGCUAUGGAAAGAAUGAGAGCCUAGCAUCAACUCCACCACCAGAUGACAGGAGGAGCCCCAAAGUUCUCAUUAAAACGCUGGGGAAGCUGGAUGGCUGUUUAAAGGUUGAGUUUCACAACAGUAGCAACAACAAAGUCUCUACAGAGGAAUCCAGUGGACCAGUCCAGCUGCUGAGAUACUCACCUACUUUAGAAUCCAAAUCUAAUGAUCUGCUAGAUGUGAGGAGGAGCUCCAGUACAGAUGACACUUCAAGUCAUCGUCUAUCUCCCACUGACUCAAGACUUAGAUCCAGUAAAGGAAGCUCCUUAAGCUCAGAGUCUUCAUGGUAUGACUCUCCCUGGGGCAAUAAUGGGGAUAUCAAUGAGCUGGAUGGCUCCUACCUGACCAGGAGCACUCCAGAUACAAGGAUUCAUGCCAGUUUUCCCACAAAUGACAGCAAAAAGUCCUUCAACCAAAGUUCAUCUCUUUCCUCCCUCCGCGAUCUCUAUAAGGAUACAAAUUUAGAAAGCAGCCCAUCCUCAGCUCUCAGGUUGUCUGAUGAAUACAUUGGCAUUCAUGCCAGCUUAAGCAACUGUGUUUCUUUUGCCUCAGACAUUGAUGUUCCCUCUAGGGUAGAACACAGAGGCCCCGCACAGUACUCUUCUUAUACCCUCCCAUGUAGAAAAUCCAAACCCCUAAACGACGAUGCCUCCAAGAAGGAUACAUUAAAAAGCAGGAUGCGACGCAUCAGUGACUGGACAGGAAGCCUCUCUAGGAAGAAGAGAAAGCUGCAGGAGCCAAGAUCCAAAGAUCUGAGUGAGUACUUUGACAGCAGAAUUGAUAACCAUGCUAUGGACACUCUGGCACCUUCGCAGAUGUCUGGUUUACCGUGGUCACCUGGCUCUGGCCACAUUCUGCCCCAGCGAAGUGAAUCCACUAAUGCAAUCAGCAGUGAUGCCCUGAGGCAGAACAUUUAUGAAAAUUUCAUGAGGGAGCUGGACGUGAGCAGGACAAACAUUGAGAAUAUGGACACAUCAACAGAUACAGAGGACUCCAGCAGUGAAUCACUCAGUUCCUUAGAGCAACUGGAUCUGCUGUAUGAGAGAGAACAAGGAGUUGUGCGCAAAGCAGGGUGGCUCUUCUUCAAGCCGUUGGUAACUCUACAGAAGGAAAAAAAACUUGAGCUGGUUGCACGGAGAAAGUGGAAACAGUAUUGGAUAACGCUCAAAGGUUGUACCCUGCUGUUUUAUGAGACUUAUGGCAGGAAUUCCAUGGAACAGAGCAAUUCACCAAGAUACGCUCUAUUUGCAGAGGACAGCAUAGUGCAGUCUGUCCCUGAACAUCCCAAGAAGGAAAAUGUGUUUUGCCUCAGCAAUUCUUUUGGCGAUGUAUAUCUAUUUCAGGCAACAAGCCAGACGGACCUGGAAAACUGGAUUACAGCAAUACACUCGGCUUGUGCUUCCCUCUUUGCAAAGAAACUUGGGAAAGAGGACACUGUCAGGCUUUUGAAAAACCAGACCAAGAGCCUUAUCCAGAAGAUUGACAUGGAUAGCAAAAUGAAAAAGAUGGCAGAAUUACAGCUCUCAAUUGUCAGUGAUCCAAAAAACAGGAAAGCCAUAGAGAAUCAGAUCCAGCAAUGGGAGCAGAAUCUAGAGAAAUUUAACAUGGACCUCUUCAGGAUACGCUGCUAUCUGGCGAGUCUACAAGGUGGGGAGUUACCAAACCCGAAGAGCCUUCUGGCUGCCACAAGCCGUCCUUCAAAACUGGCACUAGGGAGACUGGGCAUCUUCUCAGUCUCCUCCUUCCAUGCACUGAUCUGCUCCAGGGAUGAGGCUGCUCUCAGGAAACGAACGCUGUCCCUGUCACAGAGGGUACGAAGUAAGAAGGGCUUAUUUUCCUCACUCAAAGGGCUAGACACUUUGGCAAGAAAAGGGAAAGAAAAACGACCUUCAGUAACUCAGAUUUUUGAUUCAGCUGGGGGAAAUGGAUUUGUAGGCACACAGUUACUUCAGAAAUCAUCCAACUCUACUGAGCAGCAAGUUGAUGAAUUUUUGAAUGUCUACUGCUCUGCAUCAGAAAGUGGCCAGAAAGAGAGCACUUGGGAAAUCCAAACAUAUGUUCAUUUUUGUGAUAGGCCAGGAGUCACGUUAACCCUCAAGCCAGAACACAGAGUGGAAGAUGUUUUGUCUUUGGCAUGCAAGAUGAGGCAGCUAGAACCAAGAUACUAUGGUCUUCAACUUAGAAGAUCAGUUGAUGAAAACAUUGAGUAUUGUAUUCCUGAAGCGUACAAAUACAUACAAGAUCAGGUAUACGAUGAAAUAGAAAUUUUUCCUUUAAAUGUUUAUCAUGUACAUCUUACUAAAACUGAGAACAUAUCUGAUUUUGGGUUUGCAGUCACAGCUCAAGUUGCUGAAAACCAGCAUCUCACUCAUAUAUUUAUAAGUGAUGUCCUUCCAGAUGGACUGGCUUACAAAGAAGGGCUGAGAGUGGGCAAUGAAAUCUUGAUGAUAAACGGAGAGGCUGUGUCUGAUCUUGACCUCAGGCAGAUGGAAUUAUUGUUUUCUGAGAGAAGUGUCACGCUCACAGUGAGAGCAAGUCAUUAUGGCCCUAAAGGAGCAUUAUGUACGUCGUGGUCAGAUGGCGACACUUCCAGGGACCCGAAAAACUUGUUACCCCCUCCUAACCAGUCACAGCUCCUGGAAGAAUUUCUGGAUAAUUUCAAAAAGAACACUGCAAAUGAUUUUAGCAAUGUGCCUGAUGUCACCGCAGGUCUGAAGAGGAGCAGUACUGAUGGCACUUUGGACCAAGUGCCACACAGGCAGAAGACUGACCCACCUUUCAGGAGCACCGAACAAAUCACUACAUUGUGUCAGAAUUUUCCUGAAGUCCAGGCAAACAGCAUGGAAGGACAAAAGGACAGCCAGGAUCUACCCCUGAGACCACUGGGACGAGCUCUGUCUGAUGCAGAUAGGUUGAGAAAGGUCAUCCAAGAACUUAUGGACACUGAGAAAUCAUAUGUCAAGGAUUUGAGCUGCCUCUUUGAGUUAUACUUGGAACCCCUUCAAAAUGAGACCUUCCUUACCCAAGAUGAGAUGGAGUCAUUGUUUGGCAGUUUGCCAGAAAUGUUGAAUUUUCAGAAGGUGUUUUUGGAGACCCUGGAAGAUGGAAUUUCUUCCUCCUCAGAUUUUAACACACUGGAAACCCCAUCCCAGUUUCGGAAACUGUUAUUUUCACUCGGAGGUUCUUUCCUGUAUUAUGCUGACCACUUCAAACUGUACAGUGGAUUCUGUGCAAACCACAUAAAAGUUCAGAAAGUCCUUGAGCGAGCCAAAACAGAUAAAGCUUUUAAGGCCUUUCUGGAUGCACGGAACCCCACGAAACAGCAUUCUUCUACGCUGGAGUCGUAUCUCAUCAAGCCUGUCCAGAGAGUGCUGAAGUACCCCUUGCUCCUGAAGGAGCUGGUGUCCUUGACGGAUAAUGAGAGUGAGGAGCAUUAUCAUCUGACAGAAGCGCUGAAGGCAAUGGAAAAAGUAGCCAGUCACAUCAAUGAGAUGCAGAAGAUAUAUGAGGACUAUGGUACUGUGUUUGACCAACUGGUUGCAGAUCAGAGUGGAACAGAGAAGGAGGUCACAGAACUUUCAAUGGGAGAACUUCUGAUGCACUCUGCUGUUUCCUGGUUGAAUCCUUUCCCAUCAUUGGGCAAAGCAAGAAAAGAUCUUGAACUUACACCCAAUAAUGUACGGGCUGCACAUAAUUAUGGUGACUUGGAUCCAUUUAAAUUUCGUUGGCUAAUUCCUUUAUCUGCUCUUCAAGUCCGGCUGGGGAAUACAGCAGGAACAGAAAACAAUUGCAUCUGGGAACUGAUUCAUACGAAGUCAGAAAUAGAAGGCAGGCCAGAAACAAUCUUUCAGUUGUGCAGCAGUGACUGUGAAAGCAAAACUAACAUUGUUAAGGUGAUUCGUUCCAUUCUGCGGGAGAACUUCAGACGUCACAUAAAAUGUGAGUCACCAUUGGAGAAAACCUGUAAAGAUCGCCUAGUUCCACUCAAGAACCGCAUCCCUGUUUCAGCCAAACUGGCUUCCACAAGACCCCUGAAGGUACUGAAGAAUUCCUCCAGUAAUGAGUGGGACAAUGAUACGGGGAAAGGAAACUUACUGGAUUCUGAUGAAUGCAGCCUGAGUAGCAGUACUCAGAGUAGCAGCUGCCAUACCACAGAAAGCACACAGGAAUCCAAAAAUUCAUCUCCUAUGAAACACUUUCCAAGCUGCACAUCAGAUUUUUCAAACAGCCUUGUCAAGGAAUCUGAUAUUCUCAGUGAUGAUGAGGAUGACUAUCAGAAGAGCCUAAAGAAGGGCAGCCCUACAAGAGACAUUGAAAUACAGUUCCAGCGGCUGAAGAUUUCAGAGGAGCCUAGUGCUGACACAGAGCACAAGCUGCUCGCUGAAAAAGAGGCUGGGGAUGGUUAUAAGGCAGGAGAACAUCCAAAGCUGGUGCGAGGGCAUUUCUGUCCAAUUAAACGAAAAGCAAACAGCACAAAGCGUAACAAGGGAACGUUACUGGCCAUGCAAGAACAUCACCAUUCUCUUGACAGUCAAUCUGACAGUGCAAACUUGGAUCUGAAUUCUAUUUUAGAGAGGGAAUUUAGUGUCCAGAGUUUAGCUUCUGUAGUUAAUGAGGACUGCUUUUAUGAAACAGUGGAAAGGCAUGGAAAAUCCUAGCUGUGAGAGUGCUAUAUGAUUUAACAGGUUAUUUAAAAUGUUAAUGUCCACAUAAAAUUUGACUUGAUUUGCUUUGAAACUAGUGAUUAUGUGGAAAUUGCUGAAAAACUACUGUUGGUUUUGUGCACUAAUACAUUUUUCCACAAAAAUAUAGUUGUAAAGGAUUCUUAAGUUAUUUUAAUUUAUUUUGGAUCAAGAAAAAUAGAUUAAGCUGGCUAGAGUCUGUAAAUUAGUUCAUCCCUUUUGAGCAGUUAACGAGAUGAUGUUGUGUCCC